CCAGCAGAAGCAAAUUAAAGUGAAGAAGGAGCCUUAGCAUUUUGCCUGCAGUCGGAUCAAGCGCCCUCUUCUUUGGCUUUUAAAGGAACCAAACAAAGCGAGUGAUUUUAAAACGGGCAAUAUCAAGGCUACCACAGGUCUUUCCAGUCGUCAAGAGCCGAACGUACAUCAGGAUGGGUCGUUCCUCUAAAGACAAGCGGGACAUUUAUUACCGUCUGGCCAAAGAGGAGGGAUGGAGAGCAAGGAGUGCCUUUAAACUGCUGCAGCUCGACCAGGAGUUCAGCCUGUUCACAGGUGUGAACAGAGCGGUGGAUCUGUGCGCUGCACCCGGCAGCUGGAGUCAAGUCCUCAGUCGAAAACUCAGGGAGCGAGAAGAGAAGGCCGGGGGGGCUGAGGGGGUGAAGAUAGUGGCGGUGGACCUGCAGGCCAUGGCCCCUCUGCCAGGAGUCACUCAGAUUCAGGGGGACAUCACUAAGGUGUCAACGGCUCAGGAGAUCAUACGCCACUUUGAGGGGCAGCCAGCAGACCUGGUGGUGUGUGAUGGAGCUCCAGACGUAACGGGGCUUCACGACGUGGACGAGUACAUCCAAGCUCAGCUCCUGCUGGCCGCUCUAAACAUCACCACCCAUGUCCUGAAGCCUGGAGGGACGUUUGUAGCCAAGAUCUUCCGAGGUAAAGAUGUGACGCUACUGUACUCUCAGCUGAAGAUCUUCUUCAGCACAGUGACCUGUUCUAAGCCUCGUAGCAGCAGAAACUCCAGCAUUGAGGCGUUUGUUGUUUGUCAGAAUUACUGUCCCCCUGAGGGUUAUGUCCCCAACAUGUCCAACCCCCUGCUGGACCAGACUUAUGAUGUUGACUUUAACCAGCUGGAGGGUCCAAACCGUGUUAUUGUUCCGUUCUUGGCAUGUGGUGAUCUGAGCGCCUUCGACUCUGACAGAACCUACUCCCUGCAGAUUGAUGGUGGUAAACAGUACCAGUACACUCCCCCAACACAGCCACCUAUAUGCCCCCCUUACCAAGAGGCCUGCCAGCUUCGCAAAAACAAUCUGCUCUCUAGAGAGGAUGACUCAUCUGUCCGUCCCAAGGACAACCAAGACAAGGCCGAGACAGCUGUGUCCAGCUGACUUAACACUUGAAAACUGAAGUCAAAUGAUAAAAAUCUGGUUUAGUCUGGCUACACAGUCCAGGUGGUUUUAAAGUGAUUGCUUUUGUUUUGUGUCAUACAUAAAAAGGAAACUGUACAAACUGUUUGUUUGUGAACAAAUACAUUUUUACAGAUUAAAAUAACACAUUUUUAUUUCAACAGCAAUAAAACAGUUUUUAUUCCAA